AUGCAGCCUUUCGUUUUGACUGUUGCUGCCGUGGCUACACUGCUCGGUUCGGCUGUUGCAAGUCCAGUGCAGCCAGGUCGAGUGCAGACUAGCACUGGCGGAACAAUCAUUGGACACGGGGCAUCAAACAAGACAAGCGUCACCGAAUUCUUGGGCAUCAGAUAUGCCGAAGCACCUGUCGGCGUGUUGAGAUUUGCAGCUCCGAAGAAGUAUGUGGCGCCCCAAGGUAGUGUCUUUGAGGCCUCUGAGUGGUCGGCAGACAGCGACUGCCCAUCAAACAAGCCACCAGUAAGCGCGUUCCCGAACUUCACCCAGCCUUCUGGGUUGCGUGUGUGGAAGAACUUUGCCGCCCAGAACAGUAACCCUACGUCGGAAGACUGCCUGAAGCUCAACGUCUGGACAAAGAACGCUGGAAACACCAGUGCAAAGAAGCCUGUGUUGGUGUUCCUCCAUGGAGGGCGUUUCCAGAUCCCUGGCCCCCACAGCCCAUUAUACAUUGGUCAGUACCUGGCCGAUGCGCAGGAUGUAGUUGUAGUCACUCCCAACUACCGUCUCGGUGUGUUUGGCUUCUCAGGUGCCCCAGGUAUUGAAGCAAAUGCUGCACUGAAAGACCACCGGGCUGCUGUGGAGUGGGUGCGCGACAACAUUGCAGCGUUCGGUGGCGACCCCUCUCGCAUCAUCAUUCUCGGCCAGAGUGCUGGAGGAGCAAGCGUCGACUACUGGUCCUUUGCUUGGAAGAGGGAUCCUAUUGUCGCCGGCUUGAUCCCAAUGUCUGGAACAUCACUGAGUUUCUCGCCCAAUACACCGGACUACGCCCAAACACUGUGGUACAACGUCUCCCAAACAGUUGGCUGUGGUGGACCCAAGGACGAUACCGCUACAGUACUCUCCUGCGUACGAUCUAAGGACACAUCAGCCCUACUAGCUGCUGCUGCGAAGGUGCCAGCACUUUCCACGCAAGCUCUAGCUCAAGCGACUUUCCAUCCCACCGUGGACAACAUUACAAUCUUCAAUGACUAUCAGCAAUUGGCCGCCACGGGAAACUUUGCCAGAAUCCCCCUUCUAGCCGGCAAUAACGAUCAGGAAGACGGAUGGUACCGAAUUUCAGGCUGGGCUGCGAAGCUAGGCUUUACCGAUGCUCAAUGGAAUCUUUUCACUGAGCGCGGUUUCACUUGCCCAGUGGCUCUGUCCACCAGGUACAGAGUUCAAUACGGUGUUCCCACGUGGCGCUACCGUUAUUUUGGCGAUUUCGACAAUCUCCGCUUGUAUAACACGAGUGCAGGUCUGAGUUCCAGAGGCAGUGCUGCCUAUCACGGCGUCGAUCUCAACAUCGUAUUUGGUACUGCUGCGGAUAACUCAGGUCUGCCCAAUUCUGCCGCCGAAGACGCUACUAUCAACUAUGUCCAGGGUGCGUAUGCCGCAUUUGCCAGGGACUCGAAGGAAGGGUUGAUCCAGUACGGCUGGCCUGCUUACACAGAAUCCGGCAAGACUCUUGUCGGCUUAGCCUACAACAAUAGUCCGAAACCAACAUUCUUGGAAGCGACCGCAUACGACAAAGCCUGUCCUCCAAAGAACGACCCACUCCCUGGACGUGGAGCAUUUUAA